AUGGCAACGUCUGGCUUCAAAUGCUGCUUUGAAAUCGAGGCAGCGGCUCCAGAAGUCAAUGAGGUUGACAACCACCUAAAGAGGAAAUCAUCUGAUUCAAAGUGGUAUGACUUACCUGAUGUGAAGUCCAAGAAGGGCAAGGAUGCUACAGCUACGGUGUUGAACAUUAAUUUUUGGAGAGAUGUGUCCCUUUGUUUGAAGGUCUUUGAGCCCUUGGUGAAAGUGCUACGCUUAGUUGAUGGGGAUGUGAAGCCAUCUAUGGGUAAUGUGUACGGAGAACUUCUCAAGGCAAAGAGGGAGAUAAAGGAGGCAUUUGGAAAUGUGGAAAAGAACUACAAAGAAGUCAUGGCUAUUGUUGACAAGAAAACGAAGGGUAGGCUUGAUUCUCCAACUCAUGUGGCUGCAUAUAUGUUGAAUCCCUACUACAGUUAUAGCAAUGUAGCAAUAUUCUCUGAUCCAACUGUGGUUGAAAAAUUCAUGCAAUGUGUGGAAACCUUUUAUUAUGGUGAUGAUGAUAAGGAAUAUAGGACUGUUAAUGAGGACUUGGAGAAAUUCCAAAAGAGACAAGUAAACUUCUCAAAAAAGAUGGCAAAGAGCUGUGAACGCUUUGAGUUCAAUCCGGCAUCUUGGUGGAGGCUUUAUGGAGGUGAAACACCAGAUUUGCAAAGAAUGGCUAUUAGAAUCCUCUCACUGACUUCUAGCACUUCUGGAUGUGAAAGAAAUUGGAGCACUUUUGAACAGCAUCAUACAAAGAGAAGGAAUAGGUUGACAACAGAACGUCUCAACUCUCUAGUAUUCAUCCAAUUCAAUAAUAAAUUGAUGUCCAAGAAGGAGAAGAUCGCUAGAAAGAGUAACUAUGAAGUGCUUCUAAGUAAUGAUGCUUCUGAAGCUCAAGGAUUCUUCUUUGACGGCGGGGAUGAUCAUGCAUUGGUUGUGUUUAGAGAUGAGGAAGAUGAGGGAGAAAUGCCGGGUACCGGGAUGCCAUGGAGUGUCCUUGGAGAAGCAAUGGGAACUAAUGAACAGCUUCAACCUCGUAGGAGUGCAAGAGUGGCUAGAGAGGUGGAUGAAGAAGAGUGGGAAUCUGAAUCGGAUGAUCCUGAUUAUCAAGAUGACAUUGACUAUGAAGAUGAGGAGGAUGAAGAAGCAAUUCUAAACUCCACCACAUUUGCGGAGUAA